CUUUGGAGCAGAAAGAGAAGGGGGGAGCCGUAUGACUCUCCUCCUUCUGCUCCACGGGGAGCCUGUUUCCCUGAACUAUUGUGUGUGAGUGAGUGACGGAGAAAAAGAGAGGAUCCCCAAAGGACGGAAGCGGCGUGCCCUCCGCGUGACUUUCUGCAAGUCCCCUUUUGCACCAGGACCCGGGAAGGCGCGCGAUCUCCGCCUGGUUUCUCCCGGAUGCCGCUUGCAAAGCUCGCUCUCCAGGGCAGGUGCAACUCCGGGCAGAGGCUGCCCUGCAAAAGCCUCCAAAGCUGCCCCCGCGGGCGCCAUUUCACCCCAGAUGCCGGCAGGGGGCGCACUCUUGGCUGCCCACUGCCGAGGCCACUGCGCAUGCUCCACUCGAUCUGCGUGGUUGGGUAGUUUCGGACGCGAGUCGCUCCCUGGGAAUCUGGUGGGGGCGGGCAAGGACGGGUCCGCGACUCAGAUCUUCCACAGGAGGGGGAACGAGGUUCGGAGGGAGCGGGAAAUCCGCCCCAUAACGGCUCUUGGCUGUGCAUGGGGGAAAUCCAAGAGUGAGGCAGUGGGGAGGAGAGAAGGAAGCCCAAAGGAAUCCCCUGCUCGCAUCUUCGGAUUCCUGGAAGACUGGAAGGAUCCUUGGAGAGCCAACGGAGACCAGUUGCCCGGCCGCGCCAGUAGCUGGAGGCUCAGGAUACCUCACUAGUGGACAAAAUGGAGUCACCGUUGUUCACUGAAUCUUCUCCUCCUAUUGGUGGAGUGAAAGAGCUGCUGGAUUCCUGACUCAGGAAUAAAAACAGGAGAAGCAGAAAUGUUAAUAAAACGAAGGAGAUCAUCAUAGAUUUUAGAAACGGUCGGCCUGGUCAUACUCCAUUCCAUAUGAAGGAUGCAGCAGUAGACAUGGUCAACAGUAUUAAGUGUUGCAAAUGCAGGUACCAAAGAAUCUGAACUGAUCUCCACACAUCAUCCUUAGUGAAGCAUGCAAACCAGCGUCUCCAUUUCCUUCGUUGGAUGAGGAGUAUUUCUAGCAGGACUACCAGAUUCUGUAACAGCUUUGUUCCCUAUGCCUGGUAAACUUCCAAGAUCUGUUUCUCUCGCCACGUAUACAUCCAAACUAAACUGUGUUGUUUCUCCGUGUCAUAUAUGUGAUUAUAUGCAUAAUUUUGUAUUUAAUUAUUAGAGGUGGAGACCCUUAAGGACUGUACACAACAAAAUUUCAUUUUAAUAUAUACCAAAUAGCGUACAUUCAAAGUGAGAAUAAAGUUAUAUUCUCUUUCUCCCUUCAUAAAUUGCUUUGUGUAUCAUCAGCAUUUUGAUGGCUGGAAAUGCCUUCCUAGUAUUUUCAUGAAAGUUCAUGAGAGUGAGCAAGGCUGACCCUUCAAAGAACCACAAAGACCAUUUGGUUAUUAUGAUACACAGAAAUCCUACAGAACCUCUUGAAAAUAUCAUGAAAUGUUGGGGCCACUGGCAGAUGGUGUGUCUGAGGCACACUAUGCCACUUGAUCAAGGCAGGUUGCUGACAUUGAAGGUCAGCAGAGUCAGUCAAAGUAGUGCUAAAAUGUCGUAAUUGGCUGUCAGGCAUAGACUGUGAAUGUUGUCCUUUUUAUCAUACUAUAUUAAGUCCGACUAGGGGAAGGCCCAGUCAAGAAUUUUCACUUUGUGCUCUUAGGCUUUGCAGAUUAAAGGAGGUCUUGCAAAUUCUAUCUGCUCACAUGGAUUCUUCCUUGUUUAGAGUCCUGUGUCCUUUGGGGAGGUGGUUGCUGCUUGAUCCCAACCAGAAAGUCCUGCAUGAAGAAGUCAUGUUGGAAAUGUCUAGAAUCAUGGCUUCUUUAGCAAGCAUUUGAUGCGCAGAAGAAGGGAAAUGACCAGGAGUCAAAUUUAGUGCCAUUGCGAAUAAUCAAAACUGAAAUUCCUGAGGAGACAUCUACAAAUUAUCGGGGAAGGAGAAAACGUGGAAAGAAGCACAAUCGGAGAGAAAAAACUAUUUUUGAGUGUGUGGAAAUGGAUCGUUUCCUGACCCAACAUGAUUCCAAAGAAAGUACGGAGAAAUGUCGAAGUAGAAAAAGAUUCAAAGCAAGCCCUAAUGUUAGUAACCACUACAAAAGUGCAAAAGUUUCCAGCAGUAAUAAUGUUACUUCACAUAAAAUGAUUCAGGCAAGGGAGAAGCCCUACAAUGGUAUGGACUAUGGAAAAAGCGUGGGGUUGAGAGGUAAUUUAAGUUCUCAUAAAAAGAUCCACACUAGAGAAAAGCUCUAUAAGUGCCUGGAAUGUGGAAAGAGCUUCAAGUAUAAAGCCUAUCUGAAAUCCCACAAAAGGAUCCAUAAAGCGAGAAAACGCUAUGAAUGCACUGAGUGUGGAAAGAGCUUCAGUGUAAAGAGUUCUCUCACUUACCAUAAAAGGGUCCACACAGGAGAAAAACCCUAUAAAUGCUUAGAUUGUGGGAGGGGCUUCAGCCAAAGCAGUGCCCUUGCUUCCCAUAAAAGGGUCCACACAGGAGAAAAACCCUAUAAAUGCCUAGAUUGUGGGAGGGGCUUCAGACAAAGCAGUGCCCUUGCUUCCCAUAAAAAGAUACAUACAGGAGAAAAACCCUAUAAAUGCAUGGAGUGUGGAAGGGGCUUCAGCCGAAGUGGUAGCCUUGCUUCCCAUAAAUUGGUCCACACAGGAGACAAACCCUAUGAAUGCCUGGAGUGUGGAAAGAGCUUCAGUGUAAGGUCUUCUCUUACUUCUCAUAAACGGAUCCACACAGGAGAAAAACCCUAUAAAUGCCUAGAUUGUGGGAGGGGCUUCAGCCAAAGCAGUGGCCUUGCUACCCAUAAAUUGGUUCACACAGGAGAAAAACCCUAUAAAUGCCUAGAUUGUGGGAGGGGCUUCAGCCAAAGCGGUAGCCUUGCUUCCCAUAAAUUGAUCCACACAGGAGAAAAACCCUAUAAAUGCCUAGAUUGUGGGAGGGGCUUCAGCCAAAGCAGUGGCCUUGCUUCCCAUAAAUUGGUCCACAUAGGAGAAAAACCCUAUGAAUGCCUGGAGUGUGGAAAGAGCUUCAGGAGAAAGAGUACUCUUACUUCUCAUGAACGGAUCCACACAGGAAAAAAACUCUAUAAAUGCCUAGACUGUGGGAAGAGCUUCAGCCAAAGCAGUGGCCUUGCUACCCAUUAUCGAGUCCACACAGGAAAAAAACCCUAUAAAUGCCUAGAUUGUGGGAAGAGCUUCAGCCAAAGCAGUUCCCUUGCUGCCCAUUAUCGGAUCCACACAGGAGAAAAGCCUUAUAAAUGCACGGAGUGUGAAAAGAGCUUCAGUGUAAAGAGUUCUCUUACUUCUCAUAAAAGGAUCCACACAGGAGAGAAACCCUAUAAAUGCAAACAGUGUGAGAAGAGCUUCAGCAGUAGUAGUUACUUCAGGCGCCACAAAAUGAUCCAUACAGGGAGAAAACCUUAUAAAUGUGUGGAUUGUGGACAAAGGUUCAGUCGGAAGAGUUUCCUUACUUCCCAUAAAAGGGUACAUACUGGAGAAAAACCCUUUAAAUGCAUACAGUGCGGGAAGAACUUCAGCACUAGUAGUUACCUGAUAUGCCAUAGACGGAUCCAUUCAGGGGUAAAACCCUAUAAAUGUCUAGACUGUGGGAAAAGGUUCAGUAUGAAGAGUUAUCUUACUUACCAUAAAAGGAUACAUUCUGGAGAAAAACCCUAUAAAUGUGUAGACUGUGGGAAGACCUUCAGUACAAGCAGUUAUUUUACUAAACAUAAAUUGAUCCAUGUGGGAGAGAAACCCUUUAAAUGCAUAGAGUGUGGGAAAAGCUUUAGUCAAAGUGGUGGCCUUACUUCCCAUCAAAGGAUUCAUACAGGAGAGAAACCCUUUAAAUGCCUAGACUGUGGGAAGGGUUUCAGCCAAAGCAGUGCCCUUGCUUCCCAUAAACGAGUCCACACAGGAGAAAAACCCUAUAAAUGCACGGAGUGUGGAAAAUGCUUCACUACAAGCAGUGCUGUUGCUUCUCACAAACGGAUCCAUACAGGAGAGAAACCCUAUAAAUGCCUAGACUGUGGGAAGGGUUUCAGCCAAAGCAGUGCCCUUGCUUCCCAUAAACGAGUCCACACAGGAGAAAAACCCUAUAAAUGCCUAGACUGUGGGAAGGGUUUCAGCCAAAGGAGUGCCCUUGUUUCCCAUAAACGAGUCCACACAGGAGAAAAACCCUAUAAAUGCAUGGAGUGUGGAAAGAGCUACAGAAACAGCAGUUACCUGAACUUCCAUAAACGGUUUCACACAGGAGAGAAACCCUAUACAUGCAUGGAGUGUGGAAAGAGCUUCAGUGUAAAGAGUUCUCUUACUUCUCAUAAACGGAUCCACACAGGAGAAAAACCCUAUAAAUGUCUAGAGUGUGGGAAGAGUUUCCACAACAGUAGUCAACUUGGUAUCCAUAAUAGGACCCAUACAGGGGAAAAACCUUAUAAGUGCACAGUCUGUGGAAAGACCUUCGCUGCUAGUGGCCAUCUGAUUUACCAUAAAAGAACCCACACAGGAGAGAAGCCUUAUAAAUGCUUGGAAUGUGGAAAGGGCUUCUGUGAUAACCGUACCCUUACUUCCCAUAACAGGAUUCAUAAAGGAGAGAAAUCAUGUAUGCCAUGAAUUUGGGAAGAGUUUGAGUACAAGCCAGUCCCUUACUUAUCACAUUAAUACCACACAUAGAAGAAAUUGCACUACUGCAAUUAAGUCACCUGUUCCCAUAAGAGGAUCCACACAGGAGGAAAAUAGAAAUGUACGGAAUGAGGAAGGUGUUUUUGUGAAAAUAGAAUGCUUCUUAAGAAAGAAUCCACAGAGGAGAGAAAAAAUCUCCCGUGGAAAGCAAUCAAUUUAUUUACCAUAUUAAUACUCUCCUAACCUAGCUGAAAGGCGCUUUAAAAAUGUGUCGACCCUGAAGAUUACAUAUAUGGAACCAUAUUUUAUUGUAGCCUUUGUACUCUUUUUUAUUAGCAUUUAGGUAUGUAGUAAAUGAAUUUAAAAAUA